UAUUACAAUGGUGCUAAUGUUAACAAAACCAAGAGCAGUAGAUAUAAAUAUCCAUCUCAAGGAUGCUGCAAUACAUUUACAAAUCUUACAAGACUUAUUGAAUAUGUAAAAGAGAUUUACUGCUCUAUGGUAUUGGGUGUUCAAUAUCAACUGCAAUAUAUACAAACUGUACAUGAUAAAAAUAAUGAUAUUGAAUUGUUUAAAGAAUCUUUGCUUAAAGAACUUGAUGAUCUUAUUAAAGAUUUAGAACAUAAUAAACAAAUAUAUCUACCUUUAAUUGAAUGUGGUUAUGAUAUUUGCAAAGUAUUUGGUGAAAUUAAAAAACUUAAAAAUGAGCUUAUUGAUAAUAAGCAAAAGAUCAUACUUUUAGAAGAAAAGUAUAAAAAAUUAAAUGAAGAAUAUAAAAAAUUUUUCAAAAAGUAUGAUGAGUUGAGGAAAGAUAAUGAGACACUGCUCAAAAAAAUAAUGAAUAUUUUGUAA